AUGGGACUAUUAUCAUCAGUGAACGUAACGUAUUUCAGAAUAGUAUUUUUAUUGGGAUUAGCAUACCUAAGUGUAACUGAUGUUAAUGCUAUUUUGGGAAAUAGUCUUGUGCUAGUGCUAACACAAGCCAUGGAUCUACCUGCAUUACAGAUCCCUCAGCAAAGUGCGCAAUUAGGACUAUUCUCUUUAUUGCUUGGAUUGUCUGCUGUGCACGAUUUGUUACCAUUGCUAGAAAAUAAUAAGAAACAUUUCCAAGCCGUGGUUCCGUUUAGAUUAAUGAUCUUCUUCGUCCUUACAGCUCUUUCAGUAUUCAUGAAUAAUAAUCUAUAUCUACACAACAAUGCUAUUUUCGUGUACGGAUUUUGUGAAGUAUGGAUGAAUUUCUUAAUCUUCGUUGCAUUGAGAGAUGAGAGAAACGAUGAUUUUGCCACUGGUAACGGCUUUUAUCGCCCAAUGGAUGUUAUCGAUGAGGAUCCUUUCCCUAGCACAGAAAGAGACAUCCAAGAGAUGGAGGAUGAUGAAAAUUAG